UUCACCUCCUCCUCCUACCUCUUCCUCCUUCCUCCCUUCUUAUCAGUGUUUCUUAUUUUCCCCACCCCUUUCUGCCUCUCUUCACCCAGCUCUCUUUGAAGGGAGGAAAUCUGCACUUUUGCACAAGCAGCAACAGCAGCAGCAGGCAGGGGAUGAAGUGAUUCACUGUAUGGCGAGAGAGAGAGUGAGAGAGAGACAGAGAGAGAGAGACAGAGAGAGAAAUUGAAGAGUUUUACACCUCUGCACUGUUUCCUUUCUCAUCAGUUUUUCUGUUGUUGGCGUCUUGAUCUGAUUUGUGUCAUCUGCUCUCUUGUCUGUCUAUUUACUUCCUCCACUGGUUCUUCAUUACUUCUGUGAUGGAUCUCAGGACUGUUGUGACCAUCUCCACACUUUUACUCAUGACUGUUGACCAAACAGACUCAACCACCACCAUGGCUCCGGCCAACAACACCACCAACAACACCACCAACAACAGCAACAGCAACAGCAACAGCAGUAACUGUAACUGCCAUAGUACUACUGCUCUCCCCAACACCAGUAGCUCUACAUUUGCCCUGGGCUAUAUCACAAUCAAAUGGAUAAAGACAUGUCAAGGAGAAGUCCACAUGAUCCUCAAUAAUGCCUCCAACUUCUCCUUACCGUUCUGCAACAGCAGAAAGACAAACGUCCAGAGUCUUCUUAGUAAUGUGUGUGAGAGCAAGAAAGGUUGUGAAAACGUCCUGCGCUGGGAGGAAAGCAGAAAUACGCUGGGUUAUAACAUAACUGAAAAUGGACAAAUGGAGAAAACCAACUGUAAGACACUGAGGGUCCAAUGCAAAGUUGAAGUUGUCCCAGAUGUACAGGGGCAGCUGCAGGGCUACAAAGUAGUGACAGCUUUGCUCUGUUGUGUGCUGAUGGUCCUUUUACUGAUGCGCUUCACCAGACCCACCAUCAAAGCCCUGCAGAGGAGAUUAUCAGACAGGAGGCAGAAUCGCUGGAUUGGCCCAACGCAGAGUCACAGCGUGUCUUACCACCGAGGGAAAACUGCAGUGAAAAACAAUGACGGAGAGAAGAGACUGUCCUACCCUGCUCUGGAGCGUCUGACAGUCAGUGACAGCAGAGAGCCUUCAUCCAACAGGAACAGUGGCUACAACUUCUGACACACCUUCUCCUCCUCCACCAUCAACAUCAUCAUCCUCUAUAUGUGGGCUGAACAUGUUUUCAUUAGUGAUUACUUCUGGAUUGUAACUUAAUGCAGGAAUAUCACUUCUGUUUGCAGAGGAAUUACUCACCACAUUUUUCAAGAUCAUGUAAAAGUGAUAAUUGAUCUCUUGAUACACCUACAUUAGCUGUAUCACAUUCAAAUUUCUGUCAUGACCAAUAGUCAGUACUUAAAACAAUCAAAGGGUAGAGUCCAAACCAACCUAAACCAUCCUUUUAGGCUAGCCUAAAUAUGUAUAAAUGAGACUGGAAAAAUACGUCAGAACAAGUUAUACUGUAAAUAUGAAGUUAAAUCAAGAUGUGAUUUUUUGAAGACAAUCUUACAAUAUUUUGGGAAACGUACUUACUGUAUUUGCCAUCAUUGUGCUCAUUAUGUUUUGGUAGCAGCAGUUAGCAUUGGCUAACAAGCGUUGGGUGCAGUGACUGCGCUGGAAAUGGAGUUUCCAGUUUUGAGCUCUGCCCAGGUGAUUCUUGGAUGUAUCCAUGACUAGCUCUUUUAUUAACAAGCUAAAACAUGUAAAUCACACAGCUUUGGAGUUAAAAGGUGUAUUUUCCCUUUUAGCUACUAGCAGCUUCACCCUUUUUCCAGUCUUGGUGCUAAGCUAGGCUAAACACUUUCAGGAUCUCUCCCUCUACUAGACAAUAAAACUGAGAAACUGAGAACUGACCAGCAAGAGGAUUUAAAGAUAAUUUCCCAAAAUGUCUGGAUCCUUUAAUCAGAAAAAACAUAAAACAUCUCAUUCACUGACACUGUAACAUACUGACAUUUAUUGUAUUAUUUCUUUUGUUGAUUAUCGUUUAUGAUUUUUGAUUAAAGUUGUCAAUCUUUAAUGUUCAGUAUGAUGAUCUUUGUGUUUGACCUGAUUUGUUGUCUUUGAAGUAGGUGAAUGGAAAAAUUGUGUAGUUUUUGGAGAAGACAGAAAGACAAAGAGAGGUGGAGGAGAGAGUGAGAGACGAAGGUGGUUACUAAGUGCAGAGAUGUGGUUUCCUCUGCC